AUCGUCGAAUGGGCCUUUGGCAAACGAAUGACACCGGCUGAACGUCUGCGCAAACAUCAACGAGCCCUCGAGAAAACCCAACGAGAAUUGGACCGCGAACGAACGAAGCUCGAGAACCAAGAGAAGAAGCUCGUGCAGGAGAUCAAGAAGAAUGCGAAGAAUGGACAGAUGGGCGCGGUGAAGGUUCAGGCGAAGGAUCUAGUCAGAACACGGCGGUACAUCCAGAAGUUCUACCAAAUGCGAACACAAUUGCAGGCCAUAUCGCUACGGAUACAGACUGUGCGCAGUAACGAACAGAUGAUGCAGAGUAUGAAGGGCGCGACACAACUCCUCGGCAGCAUGAAUCGACAAAUGAACCUCCCAGCCCUUCAGCGAAUAGCGAUGGAGUUCGAGAAGGAAAACGAUAUCAUGGACCAACGACAAGAGAUGAUGGACGAUGCGAUCGAUGAUGUUACUGGAUUGGAAGACGAAGAGGAGAGUGAAGAGGUCGUCACGCAAGUGCUCGACGAGAUUGGUAUCGAUCUUGGACAAUCGCUCGGGGAGACUCCACAAGGGCUUCAAAAGAAUGCAGUGUCGAACGGGAAAGUUGCACAAGCAAUCGGCGGUGGCGCAGAUCCGGGCGACGACGACUUACAAGCAAGACUGGACAGUUUGAGGAAGUGA